GACUGUUGUGGUGACCUGAAAUGCCACAGAGCCACCUUCUGUGAUAACCGGCUCCAUGACCACAAAAGAGGAAAGAUGGCUCAAGCCUAGCAACCCUGCUUUUUGUCCCAAACCAAAGGCCAGGGACAACAGUGAGGGCAGGCUGUGAUGCUGUCUGUCUCCAGCUGCCCCUCCCCAGGGCUGGCAGGGCAGCCACUGAUGUGGAAAGCGAAAACAAUUCACUGCCUGUUCACUGGGGACAGGUAACUUCAUAGCCUGCAGCCAAGAAAAGAAGAUGAAGGAAGAAUGUCCACCUAGUUCUCACGUGCCCAUCAGCGACAGCAAGUCCAUUCUGAAGUCGGAGCUGAUAAGCCUGCUGAAAACUUACAACUGCUACCAUGAGGGCAGAAGCUUUCAGCUGAGACACCGAGAGGAAGAAGGGGCUCUGAUCAUCGAAGGGCUCCUCAACAUUGCCUGGGGACUGAGACGGCCCAUCCGGCUCCAGAUACAGGAUGACAGGGAGCGAGUGCAUCUCUCCUCAGCCUCCUGGAUGCCCAGCCGGCCCAGCUGCCACCAAAAGGAGCCACCUCUUCAGGAUGGCAGGGUCACUGCCCAGGAGCCAUGCGUUCAGCCCGCCGAGCACCGGGCUGAGAGUUCCGGAGACAACUCAGAGCCCCUGGAGGAGGACGAGGAGACCCCACAGCUGAUGCGGACCAAGAGCGACGCGGCCUGUGUGAUACAGAGGCCCAGAUGCCGCGUCCCCAGUGAGGCCCAGAGGAUCCGGCGACACCGAUUCUCCAUCAAUGGGCACUUUUACAACCACAAGACCUCCGUGUUUACUCCUGCAUACGGGUCCGUGACCAACGUGAGGGUCAACAGCACCAUGACUACCCUGCAGGUGCUCACCCUGCUGCUGAACAAGUUUCGAGUGGAAAAUGGCCCCAGUGAGUUUGCACUCUACAUCGCUCACGAGUCUGGGGAGCGGACAAAGCUGAAAGACUGUGAGUACCCGCUGAUAUCCAGAAUCCUGCACGGGCCAUGUGAGAAGAUCGCCAGGAUAUUCCUGAUGGAAGCCGACUUGGGCGAAGAAGUUCCCCAUGAUGUCGCUCAGUACAUUAAGUUUGAAAUGCCGGUGCUGGACAGUUUUGUUGAAAAAUUAAAAGAAGAGGAGGAAAGAGAAAUAAUCAAACUGACCAUGAAGUUCCAAGCCCUGCGUCGGACAAUGCUGCAGCGCCUGGAGCAGCUGGUGCAGGCCAAGUAGCCAGCCAGUGCCCUUUUCUUCCAAUGCCACCAGCAGCCAGCACACACUGAGUACUGGUAGCCGGGCCCUGAUCGGUCACCCUGAUUACUAGCCGCCAAAGGAACCCAGCACUCGUGCUUUCACAUGUCUACCCGCCUAAGUACCACGAGUCCCAAGACCCUGGCUCUUGGCUCCAAGGUGAGCACUCGUAGGAUUCAGACACAGAACUGGGUAGCAGGAACUUGCUGCGAGGGGUCUGCAUGAGAGGCUGGUCUGGGCAGUGAGCAGCCCUAAAGAUGGCAUCAGCCACAUUGUGUGGCCUGUCCCAUUCACGCCACACCUCUCCUGCUGAGGAGAACAGUACCUGACCCAGCCCCUGGGCAUGGGCUCCCUCUGCCUUCCCAGUGCCUGAUUCAGAGCUCCUGCAGGGCCACAGCCCCUGACCCCAUGCCACAUGAACCACAAGACCCCUGCCUGCCUUCACUUCAUGCUGCCACUGGGGACCUCUGCUGGGAAAAACGGGGGCUGCCAGCAGGUAUGGGAUAUGCCCUGCUCCCAGCCAUCACGUCACCAUGGCAUCCCUGGUCCCUGGCCUCCAAGUUCCUGAUGUCACCCCUUGAGCCUCACACAGCCCAGCACCCCGGGGCCAGAGGUCAGACCAGGAAUACGACUACGAGCAUCUCAUCUUUUCUCUGCAGCACUAGCUCUGAACUUCCUCAGCAAGAUCUGAAGGAACUCUCAUAAAGAGCUCACUGCAAAAAUAGCAUGCCAAUUUGAUCACGUGGAGAUGACCCAUGUGGCAUUGGAAGAAUGACACCCCAUGUGCACAAGAGUCCAGGGUCCAGAGGCUGCCAGGCAGUGGCUCAGGAACGCAGUGCUCAGCCCCUGUCUUCACUGUUGCCCUCUGGGCUUGCAUGCCUCUGCUAUCAACACUUCCCAUCAAAGCGGUGGGAUAAAGAGAAAUGUCAGUUUGAGGAGAAAGGACUUUGAAUUUCCUGGGGCCAGAGACUGAACAAUUUGGGUUUGUCAGCUGAUGGAGAAUUUCUGGGAUGAACAAGAAGGCCUUUACAAAACUAUGCAACAGUUUACAUCAGUCUUAUGAAAUGUUUGUCGGCAAGCUGAAAACCUAAUUCCUUUCCCACUGGGGCCUGUGGAUGGCAUAGUUAAAGGAAAGAACCAUGAAGGCUUCCAAAUAAGGGUGAGAUUUUUAUCUGUGCUUCAUGCAGUGGCUCAUCAUCAGUGCCCAUAAAGAACAGAGCUUAGGAGCAGCCGUGCCAUGUGGACCCACUAUUCAGGGUGAACUCAUGCCAGGAUGUCCCCUUCCUGGCGUCAUCAUCACAGGCACACAGAGUUGUUCCUGUUGUCUGCUUUCCUUUAGCAGCACAAUUUUCUAGGUGCUCAAUAAAGGUGUGCUGUACUGG